AGGCGUCUCUCCACCUCUCCCCCCCAGGAUUCUCUGUGUUCCAAAUCCCAGAUUUUUUUUCCUGUACCCUAACGGAUGUUCACACUAUCAAAACUUUACUUUUCACCAGACUUGAGUAUCACUAGCUAGGGCCCUAUUCCUCAACUACGAACGAACUACCACAGUUAAAUCUUGCUUCUAUCACAUCCGACACGCAGGAACGGCUUCACAUCCGACCAGAUUUCAGUAUAAAACUUGAUGGAUCAGUAAGGCACACUUUCCUUUAGUGCCUCUCUCUUUGAAAAAAUUAGUAUCACGAAUUUAACAACUUUAUUAGCACCACCCGAGUCGAGCCCGCUAUUCAGGGAAGCUCCAGCGGAAAUAAUGGUAAUAGCAGUGAUUCCGGUAGUAACAAUACUACUAUCCAAAACACGCCUGUAGUGUCGGAUAUCGCCAACAUCGGAGUUGGGAACCAAGGCGGCGCGUCUAAGGUUGGAGGUGGAGGUAUUAUCAGCAUUCCCGAAAGAUUCCCGGCAAAGAGCUAAGGUGCUAUUAGAACCAAAACAAGCAUCUAAACCAUAUCACUUGAUCCCCUACGGCAGGAAUAGCGCCUUCACCGGCCGGAAAAAUGUCUUGGAAGCGGUGGAGAGAUAUUUGGAACCUAGAGCACACAACCGAAUCGCGCUCCAUGGAUUAGGUGGUUCCGGGUAUGUAUCAAAUAUCCCAGCAUAUGAAGGAUGUACUAAUAUCGUUUAGGAAAACACAGAUUGCCCUAGAAUACGUUUAUCGGCGCGCCAGCAAGAGCAGUUGUCAUGUGUUUUGGGUGAAGGGAAGCGGGCUAUCAAAAUUCAGCGAGGGCUUUAGGGAUGUCGCACAUCAUAUUCGAAUUCCUCUAGUCAGCACCGAGACAGACGAAGAGAGCUACCUAAAGAGCAUAAGGAAAUGGUUUGAAGGCCCAAACAGCGGUGACUGGAUUCUAGUCAUCGACAACGCCGAUAAUGAUGCCGACUUUAUCGAAAACAACGGUCCCAUCGCCAAGUUCGUACCACAAGGCACGAGAGGGACAGUGAUAUUCACCACUAGAUCUCAGUUAAUUGCAUCCAGGCAGGGCUGUAAAAUAAUCGAGGUCGGAGAAAUGGAGGAAGACGAUGCCCUGGAGUUGUUUUCAAAACGCGUUACCGGCGGGGACAAUUUGGGAGAUGAAGGAAAAACUGCUAUCACGAGGAUCCUAGCAUCCUUGAACCACUUGCCGCUAGCCAUUGUGGGCGCGGCUGCCUUCAUGGCCGAGACCAAGACCUCACCAACCACUUACUGGAAGAUUCUUCGGGAGAGCGAUGAACGAGCAAAACAACUAUUUUCACAGCAGUUUUGCGAUAUUCGACCAGAAUCCGAUAUUACCGAAAGCACCUUCGGUACCUACUUUAUCACCUUUGAUAGAAUCACACAACAGAUGCUCCAAGCUGCGGAUCUCCUACGGCUAAUGGCAUUCCUCGAUUGUCAAAACAUACCAGAGGAGCUAUUGAACCAUAGCGGACUGGAAGAGAUGGAUGAACCGGUUGAAUUUCGUCAGGCCAUUGGAAGACUUUUAGCAUUCUCGUUGGUUACCAUUGUUAUCCGUGAGAAGAAAACAUAUUAUGAACUUCAUCGUUUAGUCCAA